AGACUGAAAGACCAGCACAAAACCAGCAUGAAGAAAAAGUAUGAGAGAUUGUUUGAGGGAAUCAUACGACAAGGAAAUCAAACUCUCCUGAACAGGAUCUACACACAGCUCUACAUCAUAGAGGGAGAGAGUGAAGGAGUGAAUGAAGAACAUGAGAUUUUAGAGAUGGAGAAAAGAGUCAUAACACCAGACACUCCAAUCUACUGCAAUGACAUCUUUAAACCCUUACAUCAACCAAGAUGUGAGGAGAAAAACAAAAUCAAGACUGUUCUUACUAAAGGCAUCGCUGGAAUCGGAAAAACCGUCUCUGUGCAGAAGUUCAUUCUGGACUGGAGCGAGGGAAAAGCCAAUCAAGAUGUAGAUUUCAUGUUUGUUCUUCCAUUUCGAGAGCUGAACUUGAUUAAAAAUCAGAAGUACAGUCUUCACAGACUUCUGCUGGACUUUCAUCCUGAACUUCAAGGUCUGGACUUAAAGAUUUAUGAGGAGUGUACAGUAGUGUUCAUCUUGGAUGGUCUGGAUGAAAGCAGAAUGACGCUGAUGUUUUCAGAUGGUGAGAAGGUCUGUGAUUUGAAUGAGUCUUCAUCAGUGGAUGUGUUGAUGUCAAACCUCAUCAGAGGAGAUCUGCUUCCCUCUGCUCUCAUCUGGAUCACCUCCAGACCAGCAGCAGCCGAUCAGAUCCCCUCAAAAUACAUCAACCGUGUGACAGAAAUUCAGGGAUUCAAUGAUCCUCAGAAGGAGGAAUAUUUCAGGAAGAAAAUCAGUGAUGAGCAUCAAGCCAGCAGAAUCAUCUCACACAUUAAAAGAUCAAGAAGCCUCCACAUCAUGUGUCACAUCCCCGUCUUCUGCUGGAUCUCAGCCACUGUGCUUCAAAACCUUCUGAAACAAGAUGAGAGUGCAGAAAUUCCUCAAACUCUGACUGAAAUGUACAUCCACUUCCUGUUGACUCAGAUACACAUGAAGAGCCAGAAGUAUGACAAGAAAACUCCAGAGAAACCCCUGAAGUCGAGUAGAGACAUGAUUGUGAAACUUGCUAAACUGGCUUUCAAACAACUGGUCAAGGGUAAUGUGAUGUUUUAUGAAGAGGACCUGAUUGAGAGCGGCAUAGACGUCACUGACGCUUCGGUUUAUUCUGGGAUUUGCACUGAGAUCUUUAAGGAGGAAUCUAUGAUUCAUCAGAGGAAAGUCUACUGCUUUGUUCAUCUGAGCUUUCAGGAGUUUCUAGCUGCUUUCUAUGAGUUUUAUUCCCACAUAGCCAAGAAGAUAAAGCUACAGAAGUCAUUUCUGGAUAGUCAAAAUCAGUUGUACAGUCAGGAGUUCUCUUUAUACGAGCCAAUAAAAAUAGCAGUUAAUACCUCCUUGCAGAGUAAAAAUGGACACCUAGAUCUUUUCCUGAGGUUUCUGCUGGGCAUCUCACUGGAAUCCAAUCAGAGACUCUUAAAGGAUCUACUGACACACACAACAAACAGCUCAGAGACCAUCAAGAGAAUCACACAGUACAUUAAAGACAAAAUCAAGAGUGAUGUUGGUCUCUCAGCGGACAGAUGCAUCAAUCUUUUUCUCUGUCUGCUGGAAAUGAAAGAUCAGACUCUGUACAGAGAGAUUCAGAAAUCUGUGAAACUACAGACUUCCUCUUCCAAUCUACUCUCUCCUGGUCACUGCUCAACAAUCGCCUACAUGCUUCAGAUAUCAGACGAGGUGCUGGAUGAGUUUGAUCUGAAGAAAUACAACACAUCAGAUGAAGGUAGAAGGAGACUGAUACCAGCUGUGGUGAACUGCAGAAAAGCUCAAUUUUCUUGCUGUAAUCUCACUGGUCUGUUCUGUAAAAGUUUGUGUUCAUCUCUACAAUCAUCAAACUCACUGAGAGAGCUGGACCUGAGUAACAAUGAUCUGCAGGAUUCAGGAGUAAAGCUUCUGUCUGAUGGACUAAAGAGUUCACACUGUCAACUCAACAUACUGAGAUUGACCAUCUGUAAUCUCACGGCUCAGUGCUGUGAAAGUUUGUCUUCAUCUCUACAAUUAUCAAACUCACUGAGAGAGCUGGACCUGAGUAACAAUGAUCUGCAGGAUUCAGGAGUGAAGCUGCUCUCUGGUGGACUGAAGAGUCCACACUGUCAACUCAACACAUUACGAUUAUCUGGCUGUAUGGUGACAGAAGAAGGCUGUUGUUUUCUGGCUUCAGCUCUAAGUUCAAACCCCUCACACCUGAGAGAGCUGGAUCUCAGCUACAAUCACCCAGGACCAUCAUUAGUCAAGCUGCUCUCUGAUCCAAACUACAGACUGGAAAAACUGAAUGUGGAUCACGGAGGAGAGAUCAGGAUUACCACAGGACCACAGAAAUAUGCAUGCGAUCUUACACUGGAUUUAAACACUGCAAACACUCAUCUUAUUCUGUCUGAGAGGAACAGAAAGGCAACAUAUGUGAGAGAGAAGCAGUUUUAUCCUGACCAUGAAGAGAGAUUUGAUGAGUGUCUUCAAGUUCUGUGUAAAGAGGGUCUGGCUGGACGCUGUUACUGGGAGGUUGAGUGGAGUGGGAAUGUUUGUAUAUCAGUGACGUAUACGGGAAUCUGCAGGAAAGAAUGGAAUGAUUGUAGGUUUGGAUACAGUAAAAAGUCCUGGAGUCUGAACUGUUCUACUGACAGUUUCUGUGCCAUGCAUAACACUAAGAGCAAUAACAUAUCUGUGCCUUCAUGUUGCUCUAACAGAGUAGGAGUGUAUCUGGACUCAUCGGCCGGGAUCCUGUCCUUCUACAGCGUCUCUGACGCACGCACACUCACACACUUGCACACGUUUAAAUCCACAUUCACUGAACCCCUCUAUGCUGGAUUUGGAUUUAAUUAUGAUUCCUCAGUGUCUCUGUGUGAGAUUGAACGGCUUUCUGUGAGAAACAACCAAAACACUCAGUAAAGAAACUGCGGAGGACAAUUUAUUCAUACAGCCGGGGGACUCAUAUAAGUGUCUAUACUUGAGUUAAGGGGUCAUGAGGAUCCUAAAUAAAGAGGACUAAGUUUCAGCAGAAAGCAUAUAGUGGAGCUUUUGUUGAAAAGUACAGCUGGUAAGAAUUCGUAACCUUGGGUGAUAAAACCUUGGGUAUAAAAUUGGAGGACUGCCGUGCCUCUUGGUCUCACUCUGUAUAUGACUUAAGGAAUAAAGAAUAUAAUCUUUAAAGAA